CACAAUUUCUGUCAUAUGACGUAUGACGCAUUGUUAAAAAGGCUGGAAUCAAUUGGAAACAAUAUUAUAUUAGUGAUUAGGCGUAACCGUCUUUUUCUAAGCGCAAUUACCAUUAACACGUUGUACAGACGCCCGAAACAGUAUAUAAACCAUUAAAAACAGUUUGAAGAUAGUGUAAAAAUGGCAGUACAACCUAUUUACAGCCCGUCGAUCCCAUGUGUUCACCCCAUCCCCGGGGGUAUGUACCCUGGCCGUAUGAUCAGGUUCCAGGGUAGCAUCCCGCCAGGAGCUCAAAGAUUUGCCAUCAACCUUCAAUGCGGACCCAACACCGACCCUCGCGACGACAUCGCCCUUCACCUCAACUUCCGCUUCGUAGAGAUGUGCAUCGUUAGGAACCAUCUGUCCGCCAUGAGCUGGGGAGUUGAAGAGACCAAUGGGGGAAUGCCCCUCGGGAGGGGGGACCAGUUCGAAGCCCUGGUGCUGUGCGAGCCUCAGUCUUUGAAGGUGGCGUUGAACGGACAGCACUUCUGCGAGUUCCCGCACCGGCUGCCGCACCAGCGGAUCACGCACUUCACCAUAGACGGCGACGUGAUGGUGCAGUUCGUGGGCUUCGAGGGGGCCCAGCCGCCGCCCACGCAAAUGUACAUGUCCGAAGCCCCUGCCUACGCCGCAUACGGAGCCCCGCCGACCUACGGAGCGCCCGGCUACGGAGCCCCACAAGGCUUUUACUGACGGCUUUAUUGAGAAGUGGCUUAAGAGGAGUUUCCAAAAACGUGUGCCUUGUAAUAAUAUCUCGAUGGGAGAAUUGAAUCAAAGAUUUUAUUUUUAUUAAUUUUUAUUCGAUCUGCGGAGCCUUAGAUCUUAAGAUAUAUUCUAUGUUUAGUUCUUCUUCUUUUUUUUUGUUUAUUAUUUUUCUUUCGUUUGAUUUUUGAAUUAUUAAUCAUUAUUUUAUAUAAUAAAAAGAAGCAUGUAUCUUAUGAUUAUUGAUGUUAAUAAACGUACUGUAUUAUUAAUAUUGCUUAUUAUAUUAUUACGAAUUUGUCGAGGAGUUACAAUUUUUAGAUGUUUUAACGGAGUGUUAUUAAUAAAAAUGAAGUUGUCAAUUUAGAGGACGUUCAAAAAUGUAAUGUCAGCUUUACUUAUUCAUUAAACAAUAUCGACUUGCUCUGUAAAAGCACAAUUUUGUUGCUGCUAUAUAAUUUGCACAUAGACUUUGUUGGCACAAAAUGAAGUUCACAAAAAUUGAAACGAGCGAGCUUUUGUUAGCUUCUGCCACCUGGAGGUCGAGUCUGUUUCUCAGUUCGCACCAAAAUUAAGCCAGCCACUGCCAAACGUUGCCAGUUAGCUAAAUAAGCUGUUAAAUCCAUAUUUUAAAUUCUUUAUUGUAUGGUUAAUAUUGAUUUGCAUUUGCUCAUCUUGUUUAGUACAGUCCGUCUGACCCUAUUCUGCAAAGUAUACAUAAAUCCACCAAUGAUCAUGUAUCCCUAUAAUAUGUAUUUUCUAAGUAUUUAUGUAUAUAUAAUUCAUAAAAAUAUUCAUCAGUCAUCUUAGUACCCAUAACACAAGCUACGCUUACUUUGGGGCUAGGUGGCGAUGUGUGUAUUGUCGUAGUAUAUUUAUUCGUAGUAUAUUUAUCCCAGAUAAUGUAUUGUUGGUGGGCUCCACCAAACAAUGGUUAGCUAGCUUAUCUUGUGGUUUGACGAUCAUUUCCAAUUUGCCACAAAAGCAACGUCCAGCAAAGCAAAGCGUGGCAGGGUACAGGGUAGGUCAGAAUUGUACUAUAAGUUGGAUAAAUAACUAUUGUAAAUGAGUAUCUGCUGCCCAUUUCAAUUAUGUUGCACUAAAUUUGUACCCAAAAACACUGAUUAUACUGUGAUAAAAUUGAAAUUCUGAAAUCUAAAGUUACCAACCAAGUUAAUCUCGUAUUAUAUAAUGGCUUGGGCGUUUAUUUGAUGGCAACUUUCACCAGUGGCUUGCUAAAUUUCGUGUCAACUGAGAUACGGAAUACGGCCCUGCUGGGUCCAAGCAAGCUAUGACAGUUGUGCGAAUGGUUGGUCAUUAGCAAAUAGUAAAGAUAAAAAUAACUUAAUAAACGUUUAUUAAUGUGAAACAAUUUGGCAAGAACGAAGCGGUGAUGCCCCAGUGGAUACGAGCUCGACUUCUCGAAUCCCAGCACGCACUUCUCACUUAAGUUAUGUGCGUUUUAAGUUAUUAAAAUAUCACUUGCUUCAACGGUGAAGGAAAACAUCGUGAGGAAACCUGCAUGCUGAGAGUUCUCGAUAAUGUUCUCAAAGGUGUGUGUGUGGAGCCCACCAAACCGUACUGGCCCAGCGUGGUGGACUACGGCCCAUCUUAUUGUGGGAGGGUGCAAUGCAAUGCCAUUUCCGUUGGUACUCAUACUAGGCAAGCCUUGAUCGUGACCCUCAAAGCCACUUUAAUGCGGGUAGGCGGGCUUUACGACCAUUAUCACAUAUUUGUGAUAAUAAUCGUAGAAAGACUGCAAGGAGCUAUGAAGCACAAGGUUCUGCUGGAGCUCGCUCGCUCGUUUCCUUUUUUCUUAGAGAUGGCUAACUCGAACGCCGUAAAUAUUUAACCUUUUUUUUUUGUAUAAGAAAUCUUCACUUAUUUAAUUACAUCACAAUCUAAUUUCUAUAUAUAGACUUCUUAACAUGACGGUUCUCAAAUCGGUGCGGUUUUUUUUAAACUUCUUAUUCAAGUUUCGUCUAACUUUUAUUUACUAACGUUACUAUGGGGAAGAUUAUUGAAAACUUUUAAGCAGAGAGUGUUUGUUACUUGUCAUUUGUCACCAGUCCGGGGGCUAGUGAGAAUAAGGUACGCGACUGUCGCAUUGGCUACGCGCAUGUCGCGUAAGCUACGCGUCUGUCGCACAAGCAACUAAGCGCUUCAGAUCGCUAAUUUGUAUGAAUUUAGAUUAGUUGUAUGUAUGUAUGUAGUUGUUUUGAUUUUUGCAUUUCUCGUUAGUAUUUCGCAUUCGUAUUGUCUUUGUGAUGGUUAAUAAAAAAAAAACUAUGUAUGCAAUAUA